AUGCAGCGCGCGCAGGAGAAGGAGAAGCUCGCGGCCGCGACCGCGGCGGCGGAGACGCACCUCGCGGCGACGGCGGCGGUGGCGACGACGAAGGCCGCGCCGAAGGUGAACCCGGAGGAGAUCUGGUUCACGCCGGGGAUGGAGCGAAAGGACGACGGCGACGCGUCCGCGGCGGCGCCGCCGCCGCCGCCGCCGCCGUGUCGGAUGUCAUUCGGCGGGUUUAACCCCGCCACGGAGAAGCUGAUGCGCGAGCGGGAGGAGGACGCGCGGAGGCGCGCGGCCGCGGCGUCGGCCGCGCGCGCGAAGGACGCGGACGUCAGCGACGCGGACAUGGCGAGCAGACUCGGCGGCGGCGGCGGCGCGCGCGCGAACGCGAAUGCGAAAAAGAAGGCGCCCGCGGCGGCGGCGGCGAGCGAACCUGAGGUGCGUUCUAUCUCACACUGGUCCCCAUACGACCGCGUUGGCGAUGUGGACGCCGAUCCUUAA